AUGUCAGACAACGCGACAAAACGAGAAGACGAAGGGAAACCCGAGCCCGCGCCCAAGCGAGGCUCUCGCUCCUUCAUGCGCCUCAUCACCAAAGGCGCCGACCCUCCCGCCAGAGCCAGUUCCGCGGAUAUGCUGUCGUGGGCGUUGGUGCCGGUGCGUCCCGGCGACGCGGCGGCGGUGACCACGCCUGCAGACGCUGACGGCCUCCACAGCCCGGAGGGGACGAUCCUCGGCGGUCUCUUCUCCACUCGGAAGCCGAAAGAUGCGGGCGCGGGAAUCUCGAGUGCGCUCAAGUCGGUGGGAAAAGGAGUCGCCGCAGGCGCCGCCUCGCUUUUCGUCCUGCCUGCAGUCGGCGCGACGCAGCAGGGCGUCGGCGGAUUCUUCAAGGGCGUCGGCGCAGGCGUCAUUGCAGCCGUGGCGCUUCCCGUCACUGGCGUUUGCGUCGCUGGAUACCAAGUCGCGCGGGGCCUCGCCAAUACCCCAGAAGCCAUCCACGAACGCAGUCAAGGGAAAAAAUGGGACAAAAAAACCCGGGCGUGGAAGGACAACUGGUACUCGCUGCAGGAAGAGGCGGCAGAAGUGAUUGGAAAGGAGAAUCCGUUCAAGGCUGCCUCCUCUGCUUCGGCGUCGCCGACGAAGAGCGAGGCAUCUGGAGGAGGAGCCCGAGAGGUCGUGGACCGGGAGUUGUACGACGCCCUGGAAGUCCCCACAGAUGCCACGCAAGACGAGAUCCGGAGACAGUACUACAAACUCGCACGAAAGUACCACCCGGACAAGAACCGCGAAGACCCGGAGGCGAAGGUCAAGUUUCAGAAGGUCGGCGAGGCCUACCAAGUUCUCGGCGACGAAGACCGCAGAGCUCAAUACGACAAACUCGGCUCUCAGGCGGCGCAGGACAUGCCUCUCAUCGACAGCGGUCUCUUCUUCAUGAUGCUCUUCGGCUCCGAAGAACUCGAACCGUACAUUGGAAAACUGAAAAUGGCCAUGUUUGUCGAGAUGGUAGACAAAGACUGCAAGCAACCGGAGAAUGUGAGCGAGGAGAUGUUUGCAUUCGAGCAGCAGAAACGCGAAGUUCAGCUGGCGCUUUCGCUGUGCGACAGAGUGGAGCCGUUCGUGGAGGCGACUGCGAAGGAGUCCGGAACGUCGAGCGCAGCCAGCAACGAAGUCGCGGAGUGGAAAUCGAAAAUGCGCCUGGAAGCUGAGAAACUCUGUCAGUCGUCGUUUGGAGACGCGAUCGUCGAGGCGAUUGGUUGGACAUACGAAAACAGCGCAGCGCAGUUUCUGGGGAAGGUCGACACUUUCCUCGGUCUGGGCGGGCGCUACGCCAAGAUGCAGGCACACAGUCGGAGCGUGGGAAACAGCUGGAAGACCGCGAACGCGGCGGUCAAGGCGGCGUUGGCGGCUCGGCAAAUGCAGCAGAAAGCCGUGAAGAAGCAGAGAUCCAAGGAGAAGGAAAAGAAGAAGAAGAUGCGCGCAGCAGCUGCGGCUGCGAGUAAAAAGGGCGAAGACCCUGCGGCUGCAGCUGCUGACGCCGCCCAGGAGGACGAGGAGUCCAAAGACGAUGCACCCUCCGCAGAAGACGUGAAGCAAUUCGAGGAAACGUUACCUCUCAUCUUGGAGACGAUGUUACAGAUUUGUUUGAUGGAUAUCGAGACAACGGUUCGGGCUGCGGCAAAGAAGACCUUCAAAGACAUGGGCGUUGACUUGGAUUGUCGCCGACGUCGCGCGGAGGCGCUCGUGGAGCUGGGCAGAAUCUUUCAGCAGGCAGCCGCUGACCACAAGAAGGAGCACAAAGACGAGAAAGUUGAUGCUCUUCGAACGAUGGAAGACGCUUUCAUCAAGGCUGCGCAGAAGGCAGAUGAAGACCGCGUAAGAAAGGAAGGUGCCUGCCCGAACACCGGUCAGGCGCACUACGGCGAUCCGCAGGCAGAGAGCGAGAGUGCUGGGAUGCCGACUUUCGGUGUUCACGAGGGCGAGCACGCGAAUGCACGAGCCGCCGAGUUCCUUUGA